UGUGUGUGUGAGUUUUAAAUGUAUUAUUAUUUUAAAUAAGUUGCCCUUUAAAAUAAACUUCUAAAUAUCUGAAGUAGGCCACCAAUUUAAUUCUGGUGAUUGUAAUUAAGUGAUGAGUUGCAGAUGUUUUACACAACACACACUCUCCCUGUGUGUAAUAUUGCAUGAAGGGAAUGUCCUGAAAACAGAUUCCCGUCACUGUGAACAUAAUGAAUGAUGGGAUAAGCUUAUCCUCAAGGAGCGGUGUUUAUCAGACCCGGGACAGUCCUGUCAUGCACACACACUCGCUCAAGUGUCUGACAUCACGUGUGUGUGUGUGUGUGUGUGUGUGUGUGUGUGUGUAACGGAACAGACCCCAGUUCCUGGAAGUGCUGCUCUCUUAUUUCAUGGUUCUCUUGGUGCACUAACUUGGUAUUCAUGGGAGUUUUAAUGAUGUACUUGUGAAAUACGUGUGCCAGGAUACUCGAGGUCUCUCAUACUGUGGGUUCCUUACAUUGGAUCAGCUCUGCCUCUUAUAACUGCACAUGCACAUGUAUUUGAUGCCAUGAUUUGUGAGCAUGAGUACGAGUCAAACUGUGUUGGAUAUCUCACAGUAUUCAUCUCAGACUGUCUUCAUCUGUCACACACCAGCCUGUUAGUGUAGCUGUGUACGGGUGUUGCUCAGAGUUUUACGAGUCACGUUUCCGUUGGACUUGCCACCGUUCGCUUUCCCCGCUUGACGAGCAGCUCUGUUUCUCUCUCGCUGUGCAGAAUCAGACCUGUAAUGGACAGUUUACUAACCCUGCCUGCAAACCUUUCUUACAUUGACUUGACUGUGUGGUGACGAGGACCUUCACUUCAAGCCAAGUGACAAAAGAUUGAACUUGUCUCACUAUGGGGGUUUUGCGUGGGAAGCUGUGGUAAUGGCUGCGGUGACGCGAAACACCUCUGAUAGCGAUGCGGAGGCCCAGCUAAUCUACGCGCUCACGCUGCCCGUGUCCUGCGCUAUAAUCCUGACCAACCUGCUCCUCAUCCUGGCCAUCGCCUGCAGCCGUCAGCUUCACAGCCCGCAGAACUACUUCUUCGUGAGCCUGCUGGUGGCCGACCUGUGCACAGGCGUCGCUCUUCCCUUCAUUCCCUGGAUGGGCCUGAACCGGCCGCUCAGCUUCUGCUCCUGUCUGCUGGUGCACAUUUUCCCCAACUUCCUGUUCCUGGCCUUCCUCUCGAACCUAGUCCUGGUGCACUACGAGCGUUAUCGCAGUAUCGUGAGUCCCCUGCGGCACGGACAGCUCUGGCUGCACCGGCGAUUCGCUCUCGCUCUGCUAGCCGCGUGGAUGCUGCCGCUACUGUUCGCUCUGUUGCCUGCCUUCGGCUGGAACAACAAGCUGAUCCAUGACCGGAACGGUUGCUGUCCAGAAACCAAUAGCACGGCACAGUCUAACUGCGCGGCGCUGUCUGGAGAGCGUUGCUGUACGUACCGAAGUGUCUUUCCCAAUGCUUUCAUCUAUUUGGAGGUGUACGGCCUACUGGCACCCGCUAUCCUCUCCAUUGCCGCCAUGACGUGCCGUGUGCUGUGGAUCACCCGAGAACAGCUGAGGGACAUCCAGCGUCUGCAACGGGCCGUGGCUAAUAAGAGAUACAGACGGAGACUGGAGAUGCGGUACGCUUGUUGCGUGGCAGCCGUUUCCCUCGCCUUCUUGGCCUGCUGGGUGCCCUACAUUGUUUACACUCAUAUAGGCAUGGAGUUUCUGCUUCGCCGGGGAGGAAAGAGCGAUCGCACGGGCCACAUCGUGCUGUCCUGUGUCGGGGUCGGGGGCGUUGCGGUCGUGCCCCUGCUUCUGGGACUCGCCAACAGGGAGUACACGGAUCCGGUCGGGAAACUCUUCCGCAAGCUGCGGCACCGCUGCAGAAAUACAAGUGUGCAAAUGGACUCUAGACUUCGAUUCUGUCGCAGCUGAUGUGCUUGACUUUCAUUCGAAGUUUAUGUUUAUAAUCUUCAUAAGAUAAACUGAGAUUUUUGGUUUCAUUCUCAAAAUAAAAUGGUUUGGAAACAUAAAAUGGUUUGGGCAAUAUAAACAGAGGACAAAAUCAUCUGUUUUGGAGC